AUGAAAAAGAAACAGUCGCCGAAGAAGUCUCCGAAAGAACAUCACAUUUCCAAGGCUCAAAAAGGUAAUCAUGAAAAACUCAGUGUCAAAAGGUGCGUCGAUCCCGCUGUUUUGGCGCUGCGAAAGGUUUCAAACACGGAAAGGCCGCCAACACCAUAUGAGAACGAAAACAGAGCAAGUGAACAAGUUCUCGGCCCUGUAUUCGUACCAAACAAGUUUAUGAACGGAAGCCAGAAUUAUACGCAGUAUGCCCGAGCCCUGCCAUCUGCCUCAUGGCCUGUAAACAGCUCUCCAGCGUUUUGCAAAGUGGAUGGAAAAACUUCAAACCUUUCCGAAAUUUACGGAAUUUCAAAACCUGAAGGAACAUUAGCUAGCAGUCUCCCAGCUGUGGACAAAAAGGGGCCUUUUAGACUUUCAAACGAGGAAUUAAGAACCACAAAAAGAGCUCCGUUUCUUCCUAAGAUUGAUGGAAAUUCAAAGACAAAAUCUGCUUCGUUUCACAGUGUAGUUUUAAGCGACCAAGGUCUUAGGCGAAGCCCACAAACAAGUUCGGAAAUGAUCAGACUCCCACCUGCAAAAAUACAUAACGGGAAUAUUACCUGCAAAGCAAACAAUUCGCCCCAGCUGUCCACUGAUGAAAAAAUUACAAUGAAAAGCUCCUCCUCAGAGGAUGUUGGCUCGUCGGAAAUUGUCCCGAAGCCUCCAAGUAUUUCUAAGACAAAAGACAAGAGUACGACACGAAGAAAAAUAAAGCGAAGGAAAGCGGAAGAUGAGCGAAGCAGUUGA